AUGUUCCAGAUCUGUGGGGGUGGUGGUCGGUGAAUAUUGCUAGUCAGUAAUGGAUUGUGUGGCCUUUUAAGUGUGGUACACUUUUCUAACUAUUAUAAAGUUCCUAGAUAGACUAUGGCUCCGUUCCAUGUUUGUCAGUUAUAUAAAGCACAGACUACUAGGUUCAGUGUUAUGUGGCUGGCAUGUAGAUAAUGGUAACUCUGUAAACAUAUGAAAAGUACAGCAUAUACUGUUUCUGUGUGCCACCCAUGAUAGCUACAGUACAGAGAACCUAAUAUGGAAUAUGUUUCCUGGCAGUAUAAAGUCACAAUAGAGACUUUACAAAAGAGAUCCCCUUCCUACUGUAUCUUAUCUGAGGUAGAGCGAAUAAGGUGGUUGAUGAAUUUCUUCUGUGAUUGAUGAAUUUCAUUUUCUACAUGGAUCAGUGGGAACAUAAUACAUCAGAUCUUAGUCCAGAAUAAGCAUACUUUGUGUCUGUAUUCUGUUUGUACAUUGUCUGUUGCUGGCAGCGCAUAUUCACUAAGUCAAAUUCUAGGUAUGUGCAAAUGUACUUUGUGAAUAAAGUGAUUCUGAUUGUGACAAUAAGCAUACAGCAGGUACAGUAAUGUAAGAUCUGUGUAUCUCCUAUCUGUCACAUUCUUUCACAAUCUCUCUCUCGCUCUUACUUUCAAUCUUUUGUCCAUGGAUCAAAAAUAGCUGGCUGUUGUUAUUCUAACAGCCUGGUUCUGAAAGGGAAGUCUCUAUAUCAGUGGCCAGUGUUGCAGAGCUUUUAUUGUGAAAGAGAGGCUUUUAUUGUGAAGAAGGCUCAGGCUGACUCAUGCAGAGAGAGAGGGAGGCUGAGUCUGGCUGCUGACUGCUCUAUAUAUGCUGCUCUGCUACCUGGCAGACCAGCAGAAACAACCACACACACACACACACUCCUCCUCCUCCUGGGGAAUACCUGAGCCGCUGACAGACACACUCACCUGGGCCGCAUCAUUGAAGGUACUACUCCUUUCUUACAACUUUCUUACAAAAUCAAAUACAACUUUUGUCAAUUGUAACACACUUCAGUGGAAGUGAGAGUUUAUGAAGAGAGGGAGAGGGGGAGAGAGGGAAGGCAGAGGGGAAGCCGGGAGAGGGUGAGAAGCAAGCAGCAAGAUGCUUUUCAUUAACUCUCAGUCAAGUUCAGUUCAUUAGAGAGAGAGAACACAAUGUGAACACACCACAUUAGCACAGCCACUGUUGCUUUAUGCUGACCUCACUGCUUCAAGGAAAUACAGUGUUGCCCUUGUUCUUUCUUCUGUGGUAAAACUUUGUGAGCUAAAAAUGAUCUCAAAAUCAGUUAAAAUCACAAUCUGUCAUUUAUGCUUCUGAAGAACUAAAAAGGGUUGAAUUGAGAGAGGGAAUGAAGGAGUACAGAAUAAGGAGAGACACAAAUGAUAGAGAAGGAGAACCAGGAAUGCUUUUUCUUCAUUUCUGUCUGCUUUGCUAGCCGCUCAGACAGUUAAUGUUAAAAGCAUGUGUUGGAGUAUGGAUGUGUGGUUUAUAGGACAGAGAGAGGCAGAGAUAGAAACCAUUAAUUUACUGGAGGCUCUGGGAAGUGGUUAGUCUGGAGAGGAGAAGCUGGAGGCAACUGGCUGCUUUACUGAGGGUGAUAUGGUCUGUGAGGUUGGUAAAGCCUAGUAGUGUGAUGUAGCGAUGACAGUAGUGCAGUGUCUGUUGCUUUAUUCUGGGUUGUGUCAGUGUUGUGUUAGUGGUGAAGGACCAGUUGUGUUUUUAUAUAGGUCAGUUGUGUGGUGCCACUUUGGGGUCUGAUGGAUUAGUCUGUCAGGUAAUAACAGUAGUGUCAGGUUUGGCUGUAGUCCUUCACUGGGUUCUCUUGUUUCUACCCCCUCCCUUCCCCUCUCUUUCUCUGGCUCUCCUCCACUUUCUCCUUCUCCCUCUCCACUCUUGCUGCUAAUCCCAUUUGAUGGCGAUGUCUUUCCCAUUCCAAUCCCAAGAAGAAUGUCUUGAGCAUUCCUGCAAUACAAAAAAACACUCUCUGUCUCACUGGACAGAGGGAGGGGAAAAGGGGGGAGGGAGGGAGGGAGGGAGGGAGGGAGGAAGAGACAGAGCUCACUGUUAAUUCUCUGCACUCCUCACCUAUUAUUUUAUUUUAUAUAAAAUGGCUCCUAAGAUGAUAGACUGAUUAAAUAGAGAGAGUGAGAGAGAGAGAGACGGAGGGAGGGAGAGACAUAACUUAAGGGGUUGAUGGGAGCUGGAGCAGCCCUGAACUGUUAGUCUGGUCAGAAUGAGCCACACGCUCUGUGCAGUUGUUAAAGCGGGGAAAAUAAACAGUCUGGUUCUGUUUUAUGUGAUGUGUGUGCAAUUAAAGCCAGAGAGAGCGGGAGGGGAUGGGUGGGGUACAGAUGGAGCAAGGGAGGAGGUGAAAGAGAGAAACAUGGAGAGGUUGAAAAUAAGUUUGGAAGUCUAGGAGAACAAAGACAGAGAAAUUGAGUGGGACAAGGAGAGAGAGAGAGGGAAUGGGAGUUGAUAACAAAAAGUGAUAUAUUUUACUUUAUGCUUUUCUGGUUUCCUUUGUUGUCUAUAUGAAAAAUGUCAGGGACUACUCUUGCCAAUACAGCACCUCAAGUUGCACUGAUCUAGGAGCUGAGUCUAGGGGGGUAUGAAAUGUCCAUGGAAAGUUGGACAGCUCCUCUGUCUCCUCUCUCUCUCCUGAGGAGGAGCACUCAGCCAAGCCAGGGGAGGAGGGAUUAUGGAGAGCAGUAUGACUCACUGUGAGUGAGGAGUCUGGGCCUGCAUGGUGGUAAAUCAGCCUGUGAUGUGGGUCAGGUCAAUGGGUUAACUCUGGUUCUAAACCUGACUGGACUGGAGGUUUGGCCAACAUGCUCCUCCAUGUGGAAAGGUUAGGAUUUAGACUCUUAAAUCUGUACUUUCAUUCAAAAUAUCCAACACAAAUUGUGUGUGUACUGGUAGGCCUACUUGUGUAUGUACUGUCUCUGUGUGUGUUUGUUUUUGUGCGGGUUUAUGUUUGUGUGCGCACAGCCCACACCUGUUUGAGGGCUUCACUUGAAUUUGUUGAUGGAAGUUUCUCAUGUCCACCAGUUGGUCUCAUCCGGUGAUCUAAAGUGAUGAUGUCAAACAUAAACAUUCAGCUAUCUUGCUGGGGGUGUUUGUAUACUGGAUUCCUGUAAACUGUUAUUGCAGCCCCUUACCGUAAACUUAACAAAGGACUUGAGUGGAAGUCUCCCCCUCCCCAAAUAGAACUCCAAAUGGUUGCCUAAAAAAUAGCUUUGUUGUUAUUAGAGACCCUUGGUGACCAAAGUGUGUAUAAUGACCAGCUACUUUGCUAGUGUAAAUACAGAUGUCAUAGGGUAAACAUUAUUCUGCAGCGAUAGGACAAAUCAUUAAGAACUGUAUUAUGGUGAUUUUGGCCCAUAGCUAUAGGAUUCCUGUUUCUUGCUACAGCCACCUGUGUUAUGUGUCUCCACAACAGGAGAAAACACCCAUUAAUGGCACAUCGAUCAAUCAGUAUUUCCUUAAAGUCAACCAAUCAAGUAGUAGCUAGUAGUCAGUCAGGCAGAUAACCAGCCAGUUAGUCAGAGUCUGUUAGUCUCAGUCAGUUCAGUCAGUCAAUAUGUCAGACAGUGUGACAGACUAGACUGUUUCUGUCAUGGAUCAGUCAAGUGUAGGUUGACGCACUGUAACAAUGAUGUAAUGGGGGUGUGUUAAUACAGGUGAGGGAAGUGUGAAACAUGCUGUCAGGCACAGCGAGACAACAUGUACCACUGAUCAUACUGUCCUGUCUGUCUGCUCAUGCCUGUGGAGGUGUGUUUGACAGAGCAAGGUGUAUUUGCCUACAUGAUUGCAGUGGGAGUCAGACUCAGGAGUCUCUGGUAUUUUCCCAUGCUCCUAUUGAUUUCACCCUGCGUUCUUGGAUCUGGUCUGAUAAACUCUUUGCUCGGAGCAUGGUUUGGGGCCAGCAUGUUGUUGUGUCACCACCUUGGUGUGUUUCCACUGUAGCACACACACACACACACACACACACACACACACACACACACACACACACACACACACACACACACACACACACACACACACACACACACACACACACACACACACACACACACACACACACACACACACACACACACACACACACACACACACAGAUUAACAUGCAUCACUUACACCUCUAGCUAACUGCUUACCCUUUAACCCAUCCUCCUUAACACACACACACACACACACACACACACACACAGAUUAACAUGCAUCACUUACACCUCUAGCUAACUGCUUACCCUUUAACCCGUACUCCUUAACACACACACACACACACACACACACACACACACACACAGAGAGGCUGUAUUUGUUUUGGAGGUGUAAUGCCAGAGCUCCAAUCUGUUGUUUAGGCAUGUAUCAUUCAUGUUUGACAAGGCCACACUUUUUAAAAGCUGUAGACUGGCAUGGUGACGUGUGGUUAAACAAUGACACACACACUCAUAAACACACAUUAAUAUGUAGGUACAAGUCUCAUUGUGGGAAAAUGUACAACUGUUGUUCAGACAUUUGAGUGGAUCAACAGCGUUUUACUUACACAUAGCUGGCUUGUAUGUACACACAGUGCAGCAGGAAGCUUAGCCUCUUGUUGUUGUUUACAGAAAAAAAAACCUCAAUAUUGGCUAUUUACACUCAACUACUUCCUGUCCUCCCAUGGUCGCUUCCUGUCAUCAGUGAGUGCUGCUGGUGGAAUCCCAUAAACCCUUUCCCUCCUCUACUCCUAGUCAGCCAGCGGCCAACCAAAGACAUACAUGCUCCCCUUCCCAGUACCCAAACAAGUGAGGUUGUAAAACCCAGCGAUGGCUCACAGCUUGCAUGGUGGCAUGUCAGUCAGUCUAACUGUAGAACCGUAUGUCUGUAUAGACCAGAGGCCAUCAUUGUCCAGGAAGCACAAACAACUGACUGUGUGUGUAAACAUGACUAUUAUAGACAAGUUGAUUAGAGAGAGCAUUGAUUAAAGACUGCAUGAUUAGAGUCUAAGGAGGAGAGGCAGCUGGUGGCGAUCACAGACUGGAAACCAUCUGUGGCUGGCAUGUUCUGUUUCAGCUUGCUUUCUCUGACUGCUACAACAUGGUCUGUUUCAGCUUUCUCUGACUGCUACAACAUGGUCUGUUUCAGCUUUCUCUGACUGCUACAACAUGGUCUGUUUCAGCUUACUCUGACUGCUACAACAUGGCAGUAGCAGUGCGUGGGUAAAAUCACUGCAGAAGCCAAGCCAGAAGAAAAAGCCAUAUUACAACCUAUGUGUUGUGAUAAUUGUGUUGUUUGCUCUAUAAACUGUUAGUUCAUAUGCCUUGCCACCGUUAUAUAUAGGCCUAAGGCCAAGACAAUAGGAAGACACAGAGGCAGAAUAAAUUCAACCACACCUUUGUUUCAUCACAAAACCAGAGAGCAACCUCUGUCCGGUGAAGUCCACAAAGCAUAUUGCAUGUAACAAACAGUUACAUGACCUACAGCAUGGUCAAGCAAGUUACUGUUUCCGACAUUUUCCGACUACUAAACAACUAUUGAUUUAGAACCACGGAGAGUUACCGCAAGUCGCAAAGAAAACAGGAGCUGCCUCCAGUAUUCCAGCACCAUUUCAACUUCAACAUCAUUUCAACAUCCUCAAAUCACCUAUGUUUAGUCUAAUACAGUGACAACAAAAAGAUACCAAAAACAAUUUAGUCGGUAACACUUUACUUGACACCCAGCGUCCUAACACGUUAUGACACGGUCAUAACCAGGUCAUAAUAUGUCAUAACAGCUGACAUAACCUGUCAUAACCUGUUAUAAUAUGGUCUUAACACUGUCAUGACCCAUAUAUUCACACCUGUUGUGACAUAUAUAGCGUUAUUUUAUGGCUGGUUAUGACACCUACAUAAGAGUGUCAAAACCCACAUUUAUAAAAAUUUGUUUUUUCCCUGCCAAGAAGUUUCCCUUCGUUUGAAAGUUUGUUUCUUAUGUCCUUUGUUGUAAUUAAUUAUUUACAGUCAUGUUUUUUUUAUCGCCAUUAUAAUCAUUGGCCAGUACAGAGAAUUUAAGUAAAACCACAAGUCCAAAUCCCUAUCUCCAUCCAUGGCUAAUUUAGGAAAGGGACAAUUUUAGCUAGCUAGCUAGCCACCGGAGGACAACAACACAACGAGAUGCAACAAUUCAAGUUGUUUCUGUCAAUUACAUAUUUCUCUUGAUGCGAUGUGAUAGGAAUGAGGCCAAAUCCAAACUGGCCUCCCUUGACACUUUCUUUGGUGCGCCAGGACCAUUCACAGUUGAGCUCAACGCUGAUUGGCAAUUAUUUUAUACUUUUUUAUCAAGGGAGGCCAGAUGCUCGCUGGCUUCCCUUGCAUUCAAUGCUAUGGGUGGCAACAAUGUCAUACUCUUUUUGGCCAGACAGCAUCAGAUAGAUGGCCUACACAGAGGGGCGUUGCUUCGCUCUCUCAGAUGCUUUCUCAGGUGAGAUACUGUACAUUCAGCCUCUUGCGAAUUGAAGGAAAAUUAUGAAAACACAGCGAGACGAAAGAUAAAUUAUUUCAUAUGCUUUUAAAUUUUUUCUUGGGAAAUGUUUUGGGAAAGCCUGGCUUCCCUUGGCACCAUGAAUACACACCACUGCAACAUGGUCUGUUUCAGCUCGCUCUGACUGCUACAACAUGGUCUGUUUCAGCUUGCUUUGACUACUACAACAUGGUCUGUUUCAGCUUGCUUGGACUGCUACAACAUUGUCUGUUUCAGCUUGCUACAUGGUGCUGUAAAAGACAGAUUCAAUUAACUCUUACUCAGACAAGCGGUGCCUGACUCCGUUAAGCUCAGUGAUGCUGCUAAUGUUUGCAUGUAGGAACUGGAAAGUAAAACCACCACCAGAAUAAUUGUAUAAUUGACGUUUUACUACGAGUGUAAUUGAAUGCUGAAUGGUAAGUCAAUCAAAACGUUUCUCCUGAAGUGCUCUCUCAUUGUGUUCCAUGUUAAAGAAUUUACACCCAGGAACCAGGCCAACUGAAUGUCCUUUUCAAGAUGAGAGAGAAAGAGAGAAAUAACUUUGAACAGCCUAGCCUAUUUCUACCUCCAAAUGGAGGGUGAGGGAGAAGGAUAAAGAAAGAGAGAGAUGUAACUGUAAUGCAGCGUUACAGUCUGGAAUGACAGAGCUGAGCUCUACAGUUUUUUCACACUGUAACUGGGUGUUGUGUGGGCCAGUUGGCUCAGCUCGGUACAGCACAACACUGGGUCGUUGGCAUGGAGACAGAGAGCAGGACACCUCCCUCCCUCCAAGGCCCUACUGCACCGCAAGACAGAGGAACAGACUGUCAGAGGAACCAAGGAAAUAAAUGAAUUAACGUCAGGCUUUUCAGCAGUUUCUGUCAUUUAUUAGAUGCUCACAAGAGAGAUAAAACGUUUUUACCAAGUAUCAACUCAGAGCUUUGUACCUUGUAGAAAUUCUGUUUACAUACAGUUGGUGUAUACCUACAUAUUUGUUUCUUGUACCCCAGAGAAUCAGACUGGUAUCUAUAAAACACGCGGUUCAGAACAGCUAUAGGACAAGGUCCUUUCAGACUAAACAAGGGAUGUGGAGAGUUGAAUGUGAAAGUGAUGUAAAUUAAUAGGCUGUAUGGUUAUAAGUGAAUGAACCUCCAUCUCUUUUAAAUAUAUUUUUAAGAGGGGUUGAUUGGGUGGAAGGCUCCUCUCUUUGUUCCCAGAGUUGGUGACUAAAUUAAGUCAAAUGACCAUGAGGAGAAAUUCAUGGUGUUGUUGGCUCAUUCAAGACUAAUAGAUCCAUCCUGUUCGGUUAUCAGUAGAGAAAGAGCUUGACUGAGAGAGAUGGAAUAGUUCUCUGAGUAAUUUCAUAGGUUUAUUUAUUUAUUUUUAUUUCACCUUUAUUUAACCAGGUAGGCCAGUUGAGAACAAGUUCUCAUUUACAACUGCGACCUGGCCAAGAUAAAGCAAAGCAGUGCGAUAAAAACAACACAGAGUUACAUAUGGGGUAAAAAAAACAUAAAGUCAAAAAAUACAACAGAAAAUAUAUAUACAGUGUGUGCAAAUGUAGCAAGUUAUGGAGGUAAGGCAAUAAAUAGGCAAUAGUGCAAAAUAAUUACAAUUAGUAUUAAGGGUGGUUGUUGGCUGGGCAGAACUGGCUGAAGGCUGGGUCACAGGGUCAGGCUGGCCCACACCUGCUAUCCUGGAGGCAGACAGACCUUUUAAAGGACAAUAAAAUGACUGAUGAAGCUGAACAAUUACACUGUCUGACUUUCUCACUGACAAUAUGAUAGUAUCUGACAAAUGCUAAUUCAAUUGAGUGGAAACAUAGAAAUGAAAGUAAAAUGUCAGAGUUCAUGACGUAGAAUACAAUUGGAAAGUUAGUCAUAUGCGGAAAGUGGGACAAAUAAAUCUUAAUCAUGUGAUUGCCCUUUACUAAAAUAAGAAAGUGGAAUUGGACUGUACUAAAGGAGGAAUUGAUUGACCAUGCUGCGAGAGAGAGACGUACAUUAGAGUUGUUGUGGUGUCUAAUGAAUGGUGAUGUUUGUUUGGAAGUAGCUGUUCUAUAUAAAGAAAGAACACCUUUUAAGGCAAGUAGAUGAUGUCAGUCAGUCAUAGCUGGCCAACAUCCACUCUGCCUCCCCAUAUACUCAGGAAUAUUCCAGAGACUGGAGAAAAAACACUAAGACAACGUUUUGGAUAUAUUUGUAAACUCAAACUGGACUCCUAGCAAUAAGAUGCUCUAAGAUAUUCUAGGCAGGUUGGAAACCAUCAGGUGGGUUAUUAAAAAAUGCAGGCACGUGGACAAACUGUUUUAAAGGCUCUCCAAAUGAUUUAAUGCACAACACAGGCAGGCUGGCAGUGAAGGAGUCUGUCGAAGAGAGAAAGAGGGAAAGACAAGGCGCUGAGGAAAUGAAGCGCGUUUCCCCUCUGUUUGAGAGGGCGGGCGAGUCGAGGAGAGGAGAGGCGCUUCUGCCUCACUCGCUGAGAACAUAGCCAAAAAAGGAAUGAAAACGGCACAGAGGACGCCGAGGCUGGCUCUCUCAGGAGAUGCCAAACUAUUCCUGUAAAAGUGCUCUUUUGGUGGAGGCUUUAAUGUCCGACAUUGCUGGGAUUUUAAGGAAAACACAUGAUGAAAAGAGGGCACUGCACUAUGUGCUAAUUCUUAUAAGCUGUAGCCUACAACACCACACAGGUUAUGACAGGUUGGAGUGAUUGAAAUAAUGAGUGUUUAUUUGGGCCUGAAGUUCCACUGUUGCGCUGAUACACUCUUAGAAAAAAGGGUUCCAAAGGGUUCUUUGGCUGUCCCUAUAGGAAAACCCUUUUUGGUUCCAGGUAGAACCCUUUUUGGUUUCAGGUAGAACCCUUUUGGGUUACAUGCAGAACUCUCUGUGGAAAGGGUUCUUUAUGGAACCCAAAAGGGUUAUUCCUGGAACCAAAAAGGAUUAUUCAACGGGUUCUCCUAUGGGGACAGCCAAAUAACCAUUUUAGGUUCUAGAUAGCACCUUUUUUUCUAAGAGUAUACUAAUGAUGGGAGCAUGUGACUGAUCUGGAAGCAUGUCGAAUAUCUGUCUCAUGAUGUUUUCACUGUCAGUUCUGUCAUUUUAUUGUAAAAUGUUCGCUACCUUUGUUUGGUUCUUCACAUGUUUAUUAUUAUUUUUUAUUAUUAUUUAUUUAUUCGGGAAAAACCCAUUGAGACCUAGGUCUCAUUCUCAAGGGUGCCCUGAUCACAGUAAUACAACCAUCAAAUACAAUGUGAAACAAAACAGCAAUCAAAACAAUGUAAAAUAAAAAUUUAAAAAAUACAGCAGAAAGAGGGAGAGGAGGCUUCCCCCAUGGACCCUCAGACAGAAAUGAAAAAUAGCAGAAAAAACUAUUUCUGAUUAUUCAGCAUCUGGAACAGAUUGGGAGAAUGCAGGUCUAGUGGAGUCCUGAUGACAAGGCAUGUUGCUGUAGCUAUAGUCUUCUACCAACGCUUUGUGAUGGACGCACUACUAGUCACACUAAGACUGGGCCAUUAACAUGAAGGUCUCUGACACAUUGGGGUUUUAUAGCUUUCCCAAAGACCCCUCUCUCCUUCUGAUACCCUGAGAAGAUAACUCUUCCAUUUCAUGUGUGUCCUGGGGUUCCCACUCUACAGUCCUGUUACAAGCCCCUAGACGCAAAUAAAAUAUGUCCCCGUUAUUUAGCCCUUCAAAGCAUAGAGUGGACAUAGGAUGGGUAGGUUACUCACUCCCCUUUCUUCAUUCCAGUCCACAGUCAUGUCAAUCCUACCAAAACAGGCUGAAAUUUCAGGCAAUCUUUUCAAACAACUCUUACACUAAAAGGGCAUUAUCAUCAUGUUCACAAUUUCAAAGUAUUAUUCCAACCUCAUAGUGUGGUAAUACACUCACCGGACAGUUUAUUAGGUACACCCAUCUAGUACUGGGUCGGACCCCCCUUUGCCUCCAGAACAGCCGGAAUUCUUCGGGGCAUAGAUUCUACAAGGUGUUGGAAACGUUCGUUGCUCAAUUGGUAUCAAGGGACCUAAUAUGUUCCAGGAAAACAUUCCCCACACCAGCCUGUACCAGGCAGGAUGGGUCCAUAGACCAAAUCCUGACUCUAUCAUCAGCAUGACACAACAGGAACCGGGAUUCGACAGACCAGGCAAUGUUUUUCCACUCCUCAAUUGUCCAGUGUUGGGGAUCGCGUGCCCACUGGAGCCGCUUCUUCUUGUUUUUAGCUGAUAGGAGUUGAACCUGGUGUGGUCGUCUGCUGCAAUAGCACUUCUGUGACAAGGAUCGACGAGUUGUGCAUUCCGAGAUGCCGUUCUGCACACCACUGUUGUACUACGCCAUUAUUUGUCUGUUUGUGGCCAGCCUGUUAGCUUGCAUGAUUAUUUUCAUUCUCCUUCGACCUCUCUCAUCAAUGAGCUUUUUUCUCCCACAGGACUGCCGCAGACUGGAUGUUUUUUGUUUGUCGCACCAUUCUCAGUAAAUCGUAGACACUGUCAUGCGGGAAAAGCCCAGGAGAACAGACGUUUCUGGGAUACUGGAUCUGGCGCUCCUGGCACCGACGAUCAUACCACACUCAAAGUCACUUAGGUCAUUCGUUUUGCCCAUUUCUAACAUUUAAUUGAACAGUAACUGAAUGCCUCUAUGCCUGUCUGCCUGCUUUAUAUAGCAAGCCACGGCCACGUGACUCAUUGUCUGUAGGAACGAUACAUUUUCGUGAACGGGGGGGUGUACCUAAUAAACUGAGCGGUGAGUUUGACUGCACUGGGCCUUUAAAACGGCAACAAUUUCUUUACGCCCCAUGGCAAAAUGUGUAGAAAUACAGGAUAUCAGUAGGAUCAGUAACCUCCUGAAAGCCUUAGUUUCCCCAGCCACUGAUCCCAGACCAGGCCAGGCCAGAAGUCCACAGUGUCGACAGUGUAGUGUCGACUACACUGUGUCGACAGUGUAGUAGGGCUCAGUGUAUGAAAUCCUCAGGCAGCCAUACCGCUGUGACAGAAUACAAUACUCCAUCAUUAGGACUCACCCCUGAGAACAAGAUGCAACAGAGACGUGUAUUUGUUUUUGUUGUUUCAUUACAUUGCCCUUUAAGAGAUGUGAGCCACACCUUGUCCUUAGUACAGUACUUGUCUUGGUAUGUCUCUCUCCUGUCUGUACCAAAAUCAAUUACAUUAUUACAAUGUUAUUAUCACGUAUUAUAUGACCAUGCCUAGUCUUGUCCUUGACCCCGCAGAGGUCAUCACACUCUUGAGCAUUUGUCAUAAUGGAAGACAACAUUGGGAAAACUUCCUCACAUUUCCCUUAUUUUUUUAUUGUUUGACGUGGCUGUUGACAGGCUGGCUUUUUAACAAGUCUGUAUGGAGCAGCUGAUAGGCUAUCAGUCCCUGCUCCCUGUGCAGUGGUUUCCUUCCCAAAACAGCACUAAUCAGCACUUUACACACACACCACGCACACACACACACACACACACACGGAUGGUAGCUUGGUUGGCUAGCUGAAUUAACCACACCCCACGGUCCCCCUGAACCCUCUAACCUCAGGGCUGACAAGCUAUCAAUUCCAGGCUGGUGAAAAACGUAUUUCCUGAUCGAGGCCCCCUGGACGGUCAAGUGCUGAUGUCAUUCCCACAACUCUGUGUGUGGUUUUCAACUACUCACAGUAACAGCCUGUAACAUUAGCGCAAUGUCUCAGCAUGACUGGGAUGCUCAUUCUAUAUGAUUGGCAUUUUAACAAUCACAAUCGUCUAUGUAAUUUGCGUAACCAGAGAGAGACGGGGAACAGGGUAUUGUGUCAGUCACGGCAAAAUGGAUGACAGCCGCAUGCUUUCGUAACAUUUCUACAACGUGCCUGAAACCUUGUAGCAGUGUUAACUCAUCCCCUCCAGCGUUCUAGUGGGGUUGAGAGGAUGUUGAGUGUUAGCGAGGUAUGUGUGCUAUGUGCUGAUUGGUGACCUGGGUGAAGAAACUACUGCGGCCUGGCUCUCUGGGCAUUUCUACUGACUCUGACACAAAAGAUGUGGAUAUACAGAAUGGAGUCUAUGCCUUUACUGUGUGGAUUCCAUUGGUCUAAAAAAAAUGGCUUUACUUUAUGGUAUGCUUCUGAUCUACCGGUGUGUGUGUUCCUGCUUUCAUUUAGCUGACAAGCUUUGUCAAUUUUUUUACUGUUUGACAUGAUCAUUCAAAGUGAUCCCACUGUCCAGUAGAUGAUGCCCUUGUGUCCUUCCUUCCAGGAAUGCAGAACAGUUGAAGCAGCUGCAGGAUCAGAUUCUAUUGGAACAGCAGGAAGCAGCCAAUUGGAUCCAACAUCAGGAGCAAGAGCUGGAAGUCCCACCUCUGCCACAGCAACCCCAGGAAGUGCCCUCUCCGCCCUCUCCUCCUCUUCCCCCUCCUCCCUCCUUCCAGGAGCUGGAGAGCAGCGCCAUGCAGACCAGCACUUUCAACUACGCCCGGCCAAAGCAGUUCAUUGCUGCCCAGAGCCCUGGGGGGACUGGCCCCGUGGGGGGCUAUGUCACCCAGUCCUCGGGGUCCUCUGGUUCCAGCCUGCCCUCACCCCUCUCCCCACCCACCUCACAAAAACCCUUCACCAGGGUUGUCCUGCCUCCCUUCAGUAAGGGCAGCAGCAUUGCAUCUCAGUCCCCUUCCUCUCCCUCCUUCCCACCUCCACCUCCUCCCUUCCUCAGCAGCAGCAUUUCAUCCUCGUCAGGCCCCGCCAAAGACUUCCCUCCCCCCCCCCCCCCCCCCCUCCUCCACCCGUCUCUUCGGCUCCCCCCUUCUCCCCCGCCCACUCCAACAGCUCCUCCCCCUUCACCUCCAUGCCCCAAUCACCUGCUGGCUUCCUGGCCUCUGUCCUUCCAGCCACACCCACUAGCCCGUCCUUCAACGCCGCCCUGGGCCUGUCUAAAGCGAAUGGGACUAUGUGAGUAUAUCCUCAAUGUUACGCAUCUAUACACUGACUGUGCACACACUUACACUGGCUCUCUAUGGGGCAGUACCCUAUACUUUCAGACUCUUUCAUUCAGUCAAAUGGUAGUGUAAUGUGUGCAUAUCAGUCAGUGAGUGACAGCCUGUAGCAGGUCUGUCUCUGUGGAGCCAGGCUGGCUCUCCCUCUCCCUCCAAACCCAUCAGGACAGCCUGCCACCUUGCAGCAGCUGGAGGCUGGAUGUCUGCUGCUAGAUGGAAGAUGACGUGUUUACAUUCUUAUACAGCAUGUUUACAGCGCAGAGACCAGUCAGGGCUAUUACAGACACACACUCCACCUCAGUCUCUCUCAGUAUCCUGAGGGGUGUGUGUGUGUGUACAUGUGUGUACGUGUGUGUAGGUGUGUACGUGUGUGUACACGUGUGCGCGCACGCAUGUGUAUGUUAGAAUGUUUUGCCCAUAUGGAAAAUAUGCACAAUGACUUGUGUAAAGGGAGUGACAAAGUCAAAGUCAAAUAAACAGAUAUCUGAAGGGUUUACGCAUAGCUGAGAUUUCAACUCACACUGCUGCACUCCAAAAGGGUUCUGCAACUGUCCCCAUAGGAUAACCCUUUUUGGUUCCAGGUAGAACCUUUUUGGUUCUAGGUACACCUAUUUUAGGUUCCAUGUAGAACCCUCUGUGGAAAGGGUUAUACAUGGAACCCAAAAGGGUUCUACCUGGAACCAAAAGGGGUUCUUCAAAGUGUUCUCCUAUGGGGACAACCGAAGAACCCUUUUCGGUUCUAGAUGGCACCUUUUUUUCUAAGAGUGUGGGCACUUUCCAAAAUACAAUCAUAUUUCUCAAGUCAAGAAAGCCCCUCCAUCUCAGGCCAGUCCUGACUAUGAGACGGCUGCACCCAGAGUGAGCUUGGUCAUGUUUAUGUUUAGUUAACUGAUAGAGAUCUGGUUUGUUUGAUAAUGCCUGGCUGGCUGGAGAAAAUGUCCACUCUGAUCUGGUCCUCUGUAGCUCAGCUGGUAGAGCACGGCGCUUGUAACGCCAAGGUAGUGGGUUCGAUCCCCGGGACCACCCAUACACAAAAAAAAAAUGCAUGCACGCAUGACUGUAAGUCGCUUUGGAUAAAAGCGUCUGCUAAAUGGCAUAUUAUUAUUAUCUGCUGUCAAACACACUCCCCUCCUCCUAUAAGGCCAUUCCACAUCUCCCUCCCUCCAUCCCCCUCUUUUUCAUCAAGCCCUUUCCUCUGUCUGUUUUUCCCCUCACGCUGGCAUUCCUGCAGCAGGGGAGAGAGAUAAGAGGACCCUGUGUGGAAUGCUUGAGUUGGACAGAUAAGGGAGAUGGGGGAGAGAGAGAAAAAGAGAGAGAGAGAGAGAGAGAGAGAGAGAGAGAGAGAGAGAGAGAGAGAGAGAGAGAGAGAGAGAGAGAACGAGAGAGGAGAAGGGGCUUAUUCUGACUCUAUCACAGGUUCAAAUAAAUCACAGUCAGUCUAACACACACACAAACAACAGAUUGUAUAUCAUGAUCUACUGUAGAAAGACACAGCAGCCACUAUUGAGUAGUUUAAAGGUCUGGGAUGCCAUGUUCUAAACCCAUGGUCUGUUGUUGUGUUCUGUCAGCAGUGCAUUCCCCCGGAAGCAGUCCAGAGGAACCCCACGCCUGGCCUCAGACUCUGACAUCCAGGGAACCAAGGAUGCUGUCAUUCAGGACCUGGAGAGGAAGCUACGAUUCAAGGAGGAGCGCAUGAGCAACGGACAACAGGUAUGUGUGUGUUUCCAGAGUGCCUUCACAACACUGUAGAUGACUGUGUGUUUGUAGGUAACUAGGGAAUUAAGGUGUUUUGUAACAUUCAUUAAUACGCAUUAACAAGCGCUCCAUUAAGUCAAAUGUCAACCCUAUAUAAUUUCCAACCAUUCAUAGUACAUAGCAUAACUAUACCACAGACAAGCUUUUUUGAGUCCAAAAUAUCCUUUUGAAGUCUUUUUCCAUGUGUUAAUAGUUUCAUUCACAACCAUUUAUCUCAGGAAGACUGUGUCUUAACAUUUGUAAUGAGUGUGUGUUAAUGUUGCGACUGACACACUAACCUCAGCUGACCCAUUAAUCGGUGCUUUCAGAGGUUAACCUAUGAGGAGAAGAUGGCUCGCAGGCUGCUGGGGGCAGACAACGCCGCCACAGUGCUAAACACACAGCAGCAGGACGAGGAGCCAGCUACACAGGUUUGAUUUGAGUUGUAAAUAACAUUGUUUGAAGGCCUAUGGAGCUAUCUGUUCGCCUCUGAAACAUUAAAAAGCUCUAUAAAAAUGUGAUGAAGUGUCAAAUAUAGGCUUUAACUGCAAAUAUUAACUUACAAAUUUAGUCUUAAAGAUUUACUAAACACAAAACCUCAGUACAGAACACACACACAGAUGUGUUGCAUUGACUAAAGCCAAGUCUCACUGCAAAUUAAACAGACUCUAGAAGUGAGCCGCACAGGGUUUGUCCUCUCAUAACUGCAGACAGUGGCGGUGGUCUUUAGUGGAGGUCAGGGCUGUUCUGUGCUGCUGUACUGUAGUGAUGUUGGGCUCUGGCUGCCUGGAGGCCCAUGGGACUGAGCCUGGUUCCCUGUCUGAUCGAGAUUGGCUCUGGCCACUACUCUGCCUGAGGCUGUGAGAAUUAAAGCACCAAUUGCCCGUUCCAAUUCAGAGGAAAUUAUAUGGAAAUGUGGUGUUUUGUGGAAAUGUGGAAAUGGUGGAUACAGUCAUAAUGUUAAUAUAUUGUAUAAGACUGAUCGUGAUGUUACACACCCUUUGUGAAUGCAGGUAAGUACAUACAUCUUUUGGUGUGAGGUUGGACCUCAGGACGUGACAUCAUACAGUAACACAGAGACCACACCUCUCUGUUCUUUUAUCUCUUCACAGGAUUCCAGUUCAUCUGAUAUAGAAUCUGUCCCUCAAAAGGUUAUUCAAGCCUCUUUCUCUCCUUCCUUCCCUCCCUCACUGUGUGUGUUCACUCUCCAUGCUUUAUCCAUUCAACAAAGCCACACUGAUAAUAAUUAUAUUAGAUGUGUUCACACACACACCCUCUAACCGUAACAGGAUCUGACCUUGAAACCUGGGAAUGAACUGAUAAGGAUAACUAAGACAAACAUACAUUUGACAAAAAACAGAUUAAACAGGUUAAUUCAUGGUUCUGUUAUGGUCAUUGUGGUGGUUACAUAUAUUUUGACCACCUGUAGUCUUCAGCCAGACCUGACUGUACCCAAUUACUGACCAAUACUCUUUAUGAGAAACUGAGUAAGCAUGUCCAAGGCUUUGUCACUGUACAUGUCCGUCACUUUUAAAGGUCCAAUGCAGCAGUUUUUAUCUAAAUUUCAAGUUAUUUCUGGGUAACAAUGAAAUACCUUAUGUGAUUGUUUUCUAUCAAAAUGGUCAAAAAGAAACAAAAGUAGCUUCUUAGCAAAGAGUAAUUUCUCAAGCAAGAAUUUUGCUUGGACUGUCUGGGAGUGGUCUGAGUGGGGAGGGGAAAACUGAAAACUAGCUGUUAUUGGCAGAGAGGUUUGGUUUAUUAACUGUAACAGUAUUAUUCCAACCUCAUAGUGUGGAAAUAUAUAUAAAACACAGGAAAUUCACGUUUUUGACUGCACUGGGCCUUUAAUGUAUGUGUUGAUUAAUUUAGUGUAUGUUAAUUGGUCACUUUUGAUGUGUUAAUCAGAUAUCGGCGCAUGCAUGAGUUUGUUUCCAACACCACCCUGACAUGAGAUACUAAAGUGAACAUGGUUCACUGUCAUUAUAACUAUGAGAUAAACCUGUAGCUGUGUGUGUGCGUUACGUGUCACAUGUCCGAUAUAUUUGUCCCAUGUUCAUGUACGUACGUGAGCGAGCGAACAAAAAAUUGAGAAAAACAUAGAAAACAAUAACAAGAAUUCAAGGGAGGGGGAGAGAGAGGAAGAGAGAGAGAUAUAGACUUUUCAGACAGAGGGAGGGAAAACAGGGAUUGAGGUAGAGGCAGAGAAAGAGAUUUACACUUUGGUGAGCUUUGGCAACAGAACCCUGUCCUCGCACUACCAAAGCUUUGCCUCCCCUUGAGAUGUCAGACUCCUGCAGCUGUGUCUUGGGCAUGUAAUUAUCUGUCAGUCAGUCAGUCAGUUCACACUACCCUCCAGAUGUUGCUUCUGCCUCAACAGCCCGAGCCAGGGUGGUGAGAGAUUGAGAUUGAAGGAGAGAGAAGGAGAAAUUGAGAGCGAGAGAGAGAGAGAGGGGAAUAGACAGAAAGAGAGGAGGAAUAGAGAGAGUUGAGAGGGAAUAGGGGGAAACUGGGUAUAGGCGAGCUGAUGGGAAAAAAUGAAUUUAGGUUUUCCUUAAGUCAUUGUGCUUGAAUUAAUGAAAUAAUUAAUAAAUCAAUGAAUUCAUGCAUGAGUGACACAAAAUGCUCGUGGCGGAGUGUGCUUCUUGUUCAUCAGAUUUUUCUGUGAUCCUUUCCUCUGUGAUUCCAGUCUCUCCCUGUAGUUGUGAUGCUCUUUGAGCUCCAUCACUCAGCGUUAACCCUGCUUCCUCUCUGUGUGCUCUGCAGGAGUACAAGGUGUCCAGCUUCGAGCAGCGCCUGAUCAGUGAGAUCGAGUUCCGUCUGGAGCGCUCUCCAGUGGAGGAGUCUGACGACGAUGUGCAGCAUGACGAGGAUGCCACCGGCACCGGGGUGGUGCCCUUCUUCGACAGCAAGCUCAAACACUACAAGGUGUUCGAGGGCAUGCCCGUCACCUUCUCCUGCAAGAUCAUCGGAGACCCCAAGCCAAAGGUCAGAGGUCACACUGAUCAGCCGUUCUUAAUGUCAAUAUUAUUGUCACUUUAUUCAGGUGUAUUGUUGUAUGGUGUAAAUGUUUAAUGCACCGACAUACAGUAUUGUUCUGAUAAUUGGGAGUUGAUGAUGUGUAGUGUUGUUAGUAGGAGGUUGAGGUACAUGAACAGUGAGUUGUUAUAAGGGCCAGGCUUGGUGUACCAACAUCUGUGAGUCCACCACUGCCUAUCCCUCGCUCACAGGGCUUCUGUUAUGACUGGGUGAUGACAGGCAUCAGAUGAACGGAAGAGAGAGAAAAUGAGAGGACAGAUAGAGGGGGGAGCAUAGAAUAAUAUAAUAUAAUGUAAUACUCUCUUCCCUCUCUACUCCUAUCCACUUCUAUAGGUCAUUGUGUAACUCUGUGUUGUGUCUAUCCUGUCCACUAUAGAUCUACUGGUUUAAGGAUGGGAAGCAGAUCUCUAAGAGGAGUGAACACUACAGGAUCAGCCGCGACGCUGACGGAACCUGCAACCUCCACACUGCCGCUGCCUCAUUGGACGAUGACGGCAACUACACCAUUAUGGCUGGUAACCCCGAGGUGAGAACACCUGACCCACCCAACACACACAGGACCUGACUGAUUCCCGUAUAGAAAACCCUGCACAGACGUUCACACCAAGUCGUUUCACACCAAACUACUAUACACAGGGGACAUACUGUAUCUAUGGAUACGCAUACACACACAUUAUCAGGACCAAUCCGUUUGGCAGCCAGUGGUGCUGGUGCUGUUAGCAGUCAUUAGUUCUAGAAUAAUGGAGCCGUGGAGAAGAUAAGGGUCUCCAGCCAGCCGGGGAAGCGGGUGUCGAGUGAGACAGGAAAUCACUAAAGCCUUCAUGAGGGUCGAGAGUUCAUGUACCGCUGCCUUUCCAAUAGCCUGGCCAACUUUAACACACUGUACUUCCUCUCUGACAUGGGUUUUAGUUGAAUUUGAGUAUGACCAGUCAUAAACGUCAAACAAACGUCUCUCUCUCUAUCGCCCUCUCUCCACUCUCUCUCUCUCUCCAUCUCUCUCUCAUCUCUUUCUCCCUCUCUCCGCAUCUCUCUCUCCAUACAUCUCUCCCUUGCUCUCGCUCUCUCUCGCUCUCUCGCGCUCUCUCUCUCUCUCUCUCUCUCAGGGGAGGGUGAGCUGUACUGGCAGGAUGAUGGUCCAGGCAGUGAACCAGAGGGGGAGGAGCCAGCGCUCUACACCUGGACACAUCCGCAGGUAAGGCCACAAUGACUGACAGACAAUGACUGACAUACACAAUGACUGACAUACACAAUGACUGAGACACAUAAUGACUGGCAGACAUAAUGACUGACAGAGAUAAUGACUGACAGACACAAUGACUGACUGACACAAUGACUGACAGCCACACAGGGAGAGGAAGGAGAAACAAGCACUGUUCGCUAUUAUUCAUAAUGGGCUUUAGAAAUGUGUUGUCAAUGUUCUUGUUGGCUAUUAUUCACCAUCUGGACUGCCUUUAUGCAUCAGUACUGUACAAGUACAGACUCGCACUCAUUCACAAUAAGUGGUCAAUACACCAGGUGUAUGAACAUCUGUCCUAAGAUACCGCUAUUAUGAACUGUGAAAAGAGGACAUAUAAUUCUGUUGAUAUUAAUGUGUAUUAAAUCAAACCUUUUGUGUUGUUGACAUUUUUAUAUGAGGUGAAGAGUGCAGUGUGAGUGGGCGGAAACACCUGUUGGUUCUUGAUCUGUUAGAUUGAAAGGUGCAAUGAUCUUUCAAUAUCAUACCUGUCACACACACACACACACACACACACACACACACACACACACACACACACACACACACACACACACACACACACACACACACACACACACACACACACACACACACACACACACACACACACACACACACACACACACACACACACAAUCACAAUCACAAUCCAAUAACCGGAUCUGUUCACAGACACUCCCAGUUAAGGCUUUCAUAUCCGAUCUGUCUGAGUGAAGCUUUUUAAGAUAUCCAUCAGUGCCUCCCUCUCUUUAUCUUUCUCCUUUUUACCCUCUGUCUUCCCUCUGCUCUUUCUCUUCUUCUCCCUCCCUCCCUCCCUGCCUCUCUCUCCUCCCCCCUCUCUCACUACCUCGCUCUCUCCCCUCAGACCUAGGUCUCGGUCCAGAGACAGUGGUGAUGAGAACGAGAACAUCCAGGAGCGUCACUUCCGCCCCCACUUCCUGCAGGCGCCCGGUGACCUCAUCGUCCAGGAGGGCAGGCUCUGCCGGAUGGACUGCAAGGUGAGUCCAUGCCUCCUGAACACUGAACACACCCCUUCUUGACCUCAAACUACAGCUACACCUUUAGGAUUCUACCAUUAUAGGCCUGUUGUUUAGGGAGGAGUGUGAGGCUUUUAAUUACUGGAAACAUGACAGAUUCUAAGAAUAAAAAAAAGGAAUAUUCCGACUUUCCAAAAUGAAUGCGGGUGUUGAGCACAUAGUAAAUCAUAGAAAAAUUUAGGAAAAGAUUGCAUCUCCACCCUCUAAUUCUCUCUGUGUCAGUGAUGAGGAGUGUCUGUGGGCCUGAGAAAGGCAUCCUCCUCAUGCAUUCCAUAUACUGGAGAAUAAAUAAUUGCGGCUAUAUAUUUUAUCUCCUUUUCCAUGAUGAAUGGCUCAGAGCGAGUGAGGAGAGGAAAUGCUGGUGUCAUUUUGCCAGGAUUAAGAGGGUUCACUCUCUCACUCUUUCUGCAAUUAUUUCUCCCUCUGUUUUCCCUUUCUCUGUUUUCUCUUUCUCUGUGCUUCGCUUUUCUCUCUUUCUCCCUCUGUCACUAAUCCUUCCUCUGCAGCCUGUGGCAGUCAUACACAGUUAGAAAACUGUAAUAAAACCAAACAGCACCAUACACGGAAUUCACACUCUAUAACAAGACUCUCUUUUUAUACUCGUCAAAAAAUAAACAGAGUGAGUCUCCAAUGUCUUGGGGCUCUUAAUGUCAAUGAUAUUUAUAGACAAUAUUUAUUUCCAAAUCGUUUGUGGUUUUCAAACUUUCCAUGCCCAAAAUGGACUACAGGAAGUGUACUACAUGGAGGCUGAACCAUGUUCAACAACAAAUUACUUAAUUCUACUUCCAGCACUUAAUACACUCAAGGUCGGAUACAGACGCACACACACACACGCACACAUACACAAACACACACAAACACGCACUCGCGCACAUUCACACACACAGGUGGGCUCUACCAGGCACAACUGAGGGAGGGGCAGGUGUAGGGUUUCUCUGGCAUGCAGCGGGUGCUGAAAAGAGAAGUGGGUCCUUUCACAGGCCAGGCAGUUCCCAUGAGAAAACAUGCAGGUGACCGGGAGACUCCAGACAAAUGACAAUAAAACACUUGCUCUCACACUGCAGACAGAGACACACCAUAAUACUGUACUCACAAUGCAAAUAAAUAACAGCACAUUUACCCUGCAAAUAAACACUGUCAUGCUCCAGCUACAGAUUCAAGACAUUACACUGACUGUAUAAAUAAACACAAUGUGAUGAAUGAGUUAUUGAGUGUUUGUUGUGUUCCCCCUCUAGGUGAGUGGCUUGCCCACACCAGACCUGAUCUGGCAGCUGAAUGGUCAGACCAUCCGUCCUGACUCUGCCCACAAGAUGCUGGUGAGGGAGAAUGGCGUCCACUCGCUGGUCAUCGAGCCCGUGUCCAGCCGUGAUGCAGGCAUCUACACCUGCAUCGCUAGCAACCGCGCCGGACAGAACUCCUUCAACCUGGAACUCAUUGUAGCAGGUAGACGCCCUGUAGUACAGUCACAGUACAUCAUUUAUACAAAUAGGCAGAGACAGAUUAACAACAUUGAAACAUUGUCACAGGAAAGUACCGAUAAUAUUUUAGAUGUCUUCUCAGAUAUAAAGACCCUUUGUCUACUUUUUGUUGUUGAUGCAAAUAAUGUAUUACUAAUCACAAUACAUCAUGGUUUGAUAUAUGAUUGACCUUGGUGUCUCUCUUGUCUCCAGCCAAAGAGAUGCACAAGGCCCCUUCGUUCAUCGAGAAGCUGCAGAACACUGGCGUUGCUGAGGGUUAUCCGGUGCGUCUGGAAUGCCGUGUGUCGGCUGUUCCCUACCCACAGAUCUUCUGGAAGAAAGAGAAUGAGUCUUUCACGCACAACACAGACAGGAUAAGGUAAGACAGCACUACCAUUCACCAUCUAUGGCUUGUAUUACAUAAAUCCAAUAAAAUUCAAAUAAAAUAGUAAUAUUAUUGGUAAGCAGCCUCUCUAAACUGGAGAUACUAAAUGAUAAAGAUAUUGAUGAUUUUACAACAUUCUGUGAAACUCGGUCCUACGGGUGUGUGUUGAACUCUUUUUUCCCCCCAGCAUGCACCAGGACAACUGUGGCUACCUGUGUAUGAUCAUCCAGCCAGCCAUGAAGGAGGACGCUGGCUGGUACACCGUGUCAGCCAAGAACGAGGCUGGCAUUGUGUCCAGCACUGCACGACUCGAUGUCCACAGUAAGUCCCCCAGACACACACACAGGACCAAAUGUAAACGGCAAACAAAUUUAAAUCUAUAUAUACACUUUAUUUACCCUCUAUAAUCUAUAUUUACCCUCACUUCCCCCUCUUUCCUCUCCUCAGCUCAGUGGCAGCAGCCCAACACUCCCAAGCCUAAGAAGGUGCGUCCGUCGACGAGUCGUUACGCAGCACUGACAGAGAGAGGACUGGACGUGAAGGCAGCCUUCUUCCCUGACUCCAGCCCCCUGCAGCCGGGAGGCCUGGUGGAGAGUGAUGACCUGUAGAGACCAGUGGGGGCACCACAUGCCCAAAAAACUCCCUAAUGUAAUGCCUUAAAACUGACCCCUGACCCCAGUACCACCAGCACCAGCUGAGGUGUUUUACGACAAGGCCACAGAUACGAUUCUGGAAGAUGGAUGAUGGGCAAUGUGACACCCCAUAAUGUCUCAGUGUCAAUCAAACAUGGAUCCCAACUUAGGAUCAGAUGGUUCCAUUUUAUCAACCAUAUAAGCAGAGGAAUCUACCCUGAGCGGCCAUUGAAGUUUAUUUUCGAUCCUAACACUGCCAUAACCACACAAAAGUGGGUUCACCUCUUAAGUGUCUGAGAUGUCUCACAUGAUCACUUUGUAAAAAUUAUAAUUGAAGGUUUAAAAUUAAAGUUGAAAGUAGCAUUAUUAUGCAUGUUACAAUGGUGGCAUUGGUAAUACUCUAUCUAAAUGGAGGACGUUUUAUGAAAUACUCCCCCAACAAAGGCACCAAAUUGUAGGGGCAGAGAUACUUUGGACGCAAUGGAUUUGCAAUGGAAAGUGAUGGAAAGUCCAAAGCAUUGGAGCAGCACGUCAUGUUUCCCUGGACUGUUGAGUGACAAUGGAGAGACCCCAAAACACACAGUUGUUAUGUUAUAUGGGUAUCACAGCAUAGUCUGAGUAAUAUAGCACAAUAUGGAUAUCAGCAGUGUCUGUUUCUUUUGUUAUAAGUAGCACAAUACCCUAGAUAUCAGCAUUGUCGAGUUCAACAUUUAGCAUAAUUACCAUAGAUAAUGCACAAGGCCGGGCCUUACAUACUUUUCACUUCUGUUUUUUUGUCAGGUCAAAUGAUGUUGGACGUUAAAUCUGUUUAGUAACUUUAGAUGAGUUGUGAAAAAGAGAAUGUUGGCUGAAUGAUGCAGACUCCGUUGAGAGCUUUGUGUUACCAUAGUAACUUCAGUGAUUGAUUGAUGGAAAGAGAGGUCCGUGACAUGCUAGGAGGUACUGGCAUGUGAAGGUUGACUGUAACAGGGACAGGAUGAGGGGUUAUCCUGGGCCAGGAGGCCCACAAGAUCUGCCUCAGCCCAGUGACAACAGUCACUUCAACGCUUGUGAACUGUGUGAUCCGUGAGUAGGAGUCGUCAAGGACAGAAGAAAGCACGUUUUUCAGAAUGGAAUUCAGUUUGAGAAGAUGACAAAGCAAUGGAUUAUGUUGAUGAUGAUGAAAUGAUGAUGGUGUUGAUGAUUAUGAAAAUGAUGGUUAUGACAGAUUCUGGAGAUCAUUUAUUUCCUUUGAUGGUUUAAGUUUAAAAUCUUCACAAACACACGAGACAGUCCUAAAAAUGGCUUCAGUGGAUUGAUCACACACUACAGAUGGUCUGCUUUAUUUUUGUAUGAGAAAAAAAAACUCUGUAUUUACUUUCCCAAGAAACUUUACAUAAAUUAUAUUAGUGAUUUAUUUUCUCAAAUGUUCAAUGAAAAAACAUAAUCCUGUCUGUAUUAAAAUAUCAUACUUUUUGAAACUAUAUAUUGCCUUAAAAGAUCACUUGGGCCUAUUUCAAUCACAAUAUCUGUUCAUAUUUUUCUGAGGCACUUAUACCAAACGACAAGUAUUCUUGACAAUUAUAAACUGUUUAGAAGGGGGAAUAUUUGCACAGAAUUGUAUUGAAAUAAGUAAUUAUAUAUUUUCUCUCACUACUGUAUUACCAAAUGGGCAUCUUUUGCUGUAUCUGUUCAGAUCAUGUUUCAUCCUGCCAUUACUGUGGUCACUCACACAAACAUAUAGGACACCUUUUUGAUUUAUAUGCCAAUCUGUGCCUGUAUAUGGAAUGUUCUCCUGAUAUUAUCUUAGUUUUUGAAAGAUAAUAAAAAUCAAAGUCUGGAG